GCCGUCGAUUUUCCGACCACCAUCGAUCGAGAUGGCCACGAGCGACCAUGGUGUGGCCGAGACAGCGUUCGACGCGAUCCAUUGUAAAAUAUCUGCCGUCAACCAAGACUACUUCCAAGACCCAUUUGCAUCGCUAUUUGAAAAGAAAGCAGCCCGGCGCAUCCCGCUGAUUCACCGCGGGUACUAUCUUCGCCACUUAGCCGUGGAGCGCGCUGUGUCGCUGUUUCUUCAAGCAGCUACGGACAAUUGUCAACCAGCACAAAUCGUGUCGCUUGGCGCAGGCUUCGACACCCUCUUCUUUCGCCUCGUGUCCGACGCUCGCCACUCGCCCGUUCAUAUGUAUGAGGCGGACUGCGACACGAUUUCGUCGCAAAAGGUCGCGUUGGUGCAAGCAAACCCGUCUGCCUUCUUUGGCUCGAACGGCCACAUCACAACCAGCGACAAGACAUCGUUGUCUGCUACUGUUCACCACGAGCACAACGGCACCGCGUCGACGUACUCGGCCUUUGCGUGCGAUUUGGGCAACAUUCCAAUGCUCCAAAAUCAGCUGACAGCCUACGGUUUGGACCCCUCGCUUCCCACGUUGGUGUUGGCCGAGUGCGUGCUGGCGUACUUGGCGCCCGCGGCGUCGACAGCGCUGUUGAAGUGGGCAUGCGCCACAUUUGCCGAUUGCAUGCUGGUCACGUACGACCCCAUCGGCUUGGCCGAUGCAUUUGGACACCAACUGCAGCGGUACUUUGAAGCAAAGGGCUGCACGCUACGGUCAGCUUCAAUCAUGGCCAGCAUCCCAACGUACACGCGUCUGCUUCGGCAUGUCGGCUGGCAGUGCAUCCGCCUCGACGCGAUGAAUGCUAUCUAUGAUGCGUUGACGGACGCACCCGAGCGAACUCGGGUGGCCGGUCUCGAACCCUUCGACGAGUUCGAAGACUGGAUAUUGACCAACCAUCAUUACGGCGUCCUCGUCGCGACAAACCAGAUCAUUCUCCAAAACGGAGCAUCGAAGGAACGGCCAGCGUCGGCGGCUCUCGAGGCUGUGUUGAAGUGGCCCGCCACUGCGGCGUCUCUAAUGGGCACGACCACGUCGCACCAGCUUUUCUCCUCCAUUAUUGUGACCAUUCGACCGUUCCAAGUGGGCGACGAGCGCGACGUCCGUCGCAUCUUCGAAGCCGGGCACUUGCCGACGUCGUCCAAGUCGGUGCGAAAGCUCGUGUCGAAGGCGCUUCAAUCUGACUUGGCGAACAUUCCACAAACGUACCUGUCUCCCGGAUCGUUGGCUGGGUUUUGGGUCGCGACAGUGCACGAUGCAUCAACGGACGGCACGUCCCAUGAGCACAAGCGAAAGGUCGUUGGGUGCGUGGCGCUCAAGCCCCACGACGGCGCCGAAGUUGCCGAGCUUUGCCGUCUCGCCAUCGACGCGCAGUCGCGGCGACUCGGGAUUGCGUCCAAGCUCGUCGAUGCGCUUGAGCGGCAUGCGUUUGAUGCGUGCGGAUACCGUGCCAUCGUCCUGGAUACGCUGGGUACGAUGGAAGCGGCAAAGAUGUUUUAUGCCGGUCGGGGAUACCACCUCGCAUGCUCGACGACUGUCGGGGUCGAAGGGCUUGUCAUCGAGUCGUUCAAAAAGGAGCGAAGGCACUGAACGACACAAAACCUUGGUUGAACACGAGGUCUCUAAACUGUACCGAGUGAAAGCGUCGCAACGACUCUACAAAUCCUGGCCGCGAUGGUGGUGGUGGUGGUAGUGGGUGACAGGGUUAUCGUCUUGGUUGGAUGCCAGAAUGAAGGAACAGGAGGACGGAUGGAGCUUCGGUGACCGCCAGCUUGCUUCAGGAAACCGCCGUCGCCAGAUUGUCGACUCGCGGUGUUGUGCCUGGUGGUCCGCCAGGAUGUCCAUUUGCAGCGCGCUGGGGAGUUUACUCACGUGGUGGUAUGGCUGGAACUGUUGUGUCCUGGAUUGCUGCACACAUGGGCCGCCGUUGUGGUGUUGCGGCGGCCGUUUCCUUCGACAGCUGUCGUCACGGCCUCCUGGAUGUGUCGUUUGACGCAGCCGGUCUCGUUCGUAUCGGUGGAUAUCAUUGUCGUCGUCAACAAUGUCUAGCUGGUUGUUGCCUCCAGCAGACCCACCACAGAGCCCGUGGCCGCGGAGGUUGGACAGCAUGAUCGCCGAGGAUCUUGUCCGUGUGCUGAGUGGCAGAACGUGUUGG